GUAUACGUUGUUGUCAGGAAAACACACGUUUGAAAACGUAGGGGUUACUCAGUUGCUGGCUACGGGAUCAUAUAAACUGCGAUCACGGUGGAAUAAAAAUUCCGCUGCUGUUUUAGUACACACGUAGCGUGCAGAUCAAGUUCUGAUCAGAGAACUCUGGCUGCGGAGGUACAGGUAAAUCAGUCAAUUUGAAAAGUCUGCUUUUCCAAAUCCAGGUUUGAUCCUCCAUCACCCACACUUCCGGACUUUGAGCAUGUCUUCUGGGAUCCAGGUUUUGGGCUUGGCCCUGGGGAUCCUGGGUUGGCUGGGAUCCAUUGUGGCCUGUGCCUUGCCACAGUGGAAAGUCACAGCCUUUAUUGGCAACAACAUUAUUACAGCACAGAUCUUCUGGGAAGGCCUGUGGAUGACCUGUGUGGUUCAGAGCACGGGACAGAUGCAGUGCAAGGUGUAUGAUUCCAUGCUGGCCUUGUCUCUGGACCUUAAGGCAUCCAGGGCCAUUCUGGUUAUUUCUCUACUGGUCGCUCUAGUUGCCGGUCUGGCAGGCAUCGCUGGGGGGAAGUGGACCAACUGCCUGGAGGAUGGUUCGGGCAAAGCCAGAGUUGCUAUCGCAGCAGGGGUUCUAUUCCUCACUGCAGGUGUCCUGGGGUUGAUUCCACCUAGCUGGACCGCCCAUCAAGUCAUUACCGAUUUCUAUAACCCUUUUGUACACGAAGCCAUGAAGAGGGAGUUGGGGGCAGGAGUUUUCAUUGGCUGGGCUUCAGCUGUGUUCAUGGUGAUUGGAGGAGGGCUUCUUUGUAGCUCCUGUCAACUAAACAAAGCUGAAGAAGCCACCAGAUACAAAAUUGCUCCUGAUCACAGAAAGGAAGGAACUUCAUAUGUUUGAGCUGUUAAGGUGCAGCCCUGGUUUUAAAAGAGACAAAAGUUUUACUAUUUACAUUUGAUGCCACUUAUUUGUAUAAACAAUAAAUGUAUUUACAUGAUA